UUAAAGAUACACGACGUGUGCAGUGUAAAGCAACGUGGAUACUGAAACAUGAAAGCUGUAGUUUCUUUCCUCUUACUUCCAGCCAUCCUGCCUGCAUGGACAACACCGACACCCAACACCAUCGUCGACAGCCUUGCAAUGUCCCUUCUCAACUCAAACAUGAACCAACUACAAAGCGAGAUGUACAGUCUGGUUAGCGAGGUGGCAAUUCUGAAAACGGAAAACGCUGACCUGAAGGCAACGUUGAAGACAUUGCAGCAGAACAGUGGAGGUAACGUCCUUUCCAUGAUGCAAACCGAUCUGCAACUUCUUCAAAACUCAAAUUUCAAAUUAUCAGGUGAUGUUCUUACUCUUCUGAAGAAAAUGACAGACAUGGAAAGCAAAACUGCAGAUCUCAAAGCAAAGAAUGCAUUCUUAGAGACCAGCAUCCUGACAGAAAGACAAGAGAGACAUGACUUUGAACACAAGGUCACCAACUUGUCCAGAUUACUGACGUCAUGCAACGCAAUGGAACAUCCAGUCUCUGAAAAACCAACAAUUGACGCAGACAUUGUCUGUGUUACAAUUCCAGCAGAUGAAUUUAAACUCAUCGUUUCAAAUUCAGAUACAAGACAGAAAGCAAGAAAACAGAGUGUUGGAGCAUAUGUUUGACAUCAAGUUUCAAAACGUGACUUUUAAAAUCGAGUCAUUGUUUAAUGAAAGCACUGACCAUCUUGAAACUUUACAAGACCUUGUAGAUGAAGUUACUAUGUUGCAGAAAGAUGUGGGACUGGUCAACGUGUCAGCCAGAGCCGAAGAGGUUGCCAGAAAUAUGUCCGAGCAGGCAUUAGAAAAGUUAAGCAAAGAUGUGUCCAACGUCACCAAACAAGUCCAAGCUGUGGUCAGCUCCGUUAUGAACCUGGAAAGUGUCAAAACUUCACUUGACGCUCGCUUAAUGCAUAUAGAGCAAGAACAGAACGUCUACUUCGAUGUAAGUUUCCCUGACUACAGAGUAGCAAGCUUCUCCAAUAAUGAUGUACUGAAGUUCAACGACAUCAGAUACAACGUCGGCGGAGGCUACAACGCUACAAGUGGGAAUUUCACUGCCCCCGUAAAGGGAGUGUAUUUGUUUCUGAUAAAUGGAGUGAACGAUUAUUUAGGACAAUUCAUGACGAAUUUCAACUUGUUCCUGAUGCUAGAAGAGGCGAAAGUUGCUGGUACCACAACCUCAGGAACACUGUCCGGCUCAGGAACGGCGUUUGCUAUUUUGGAGUUAUCGGCCGGAUCCAGUGUCUAUGUAACUAUAGACAAUAUGAGUGGAUCUGAUACGCUCAUAGGUCAGUACUUUACCAGUUUUAUGGGAGUCAGACUACCUACACUAAGUUGA